CCCAUUACCACCACCAGAGUUGGCAAAAGCAGCAUUCCUGUCAUCGCGGCCCGGCGACGAGGUGCGGCGUAAGUGCGCGGAACUGUCAUCAAUAAGGGGCGCCCGUGUUCUUGUACAUAGCUUCGACGAUGGUAGUAGAGACGACCGCGUGCGACUCGCAACAACAGCGGUCUCCAACGAUGAAAGAGCAACCGAACGUUCAGUGCGGAACGGCGGGUCGCGACGACCUUUCUUGUUCAGACAGCUCAGUUGUCGCGCACGGCGCGGCCUGUAAGGACGGUCGAUCCAACCAUCGCCGGCCCUCUGCCGUCAAGAGCAGCCGAUGCAGCUCGCAGUGGGCAGGCCACAUGGGCCACAGGCCGUUAGCUCGUGGCCCGUGCCACCGCGUGCGGCACCCAGAGCGGGCGAACCAGUGCGCCGCCACGGCAGCAGCGAUGCAGCCGGUGCGCGGCGGCCACUGGACCAUCAAGCUGCCCUCGUCCGACUUCCUCCUGGCCGCCGCCGGGGCAGCGCCCUCUAGACCCGCCGCCGUCGCCGCCAUUUCCGCAAAGGUUGCGGGAGCCAAGACCGCGGUUGCUGCUGCGGCUGUGACAGUCACUAUCGAGUCGCCGCCGCCGCCACACCAGACGUCACAGCCGCAGCAGCCACCGGCGCAUCACCACCACCAGCAGUGGCCUGUGCAGAACUACAUGCAGCUUGUGUGCCGCGACAAGCGAGCCUCUGCCUCGCAGCCGCCGCAGCAGUUGCAGCCACGCCACAAGCAGUCUUCGACCCGGCUGGCGGACGUGGUGGCGGCGGGCGCCUUCUACACGGCGACGUCCUACUGGCCGCAACAGCAGCAGCCCGAAGACUCCUACCUCCUGCACCGCACGGCCGACCAACGUGUUUACCAGCAGGUCGCACCGUACGCGUCGUGGCGCGACAUGCGCCCCAAGAUAGGCUGCGUGCCCAUCAGAGAAACCACGUGUGCCGACGGUGACGGUCACCACGAGCCCAGCGACCACCAUGACGGCGGGUACACGCAUCAGGGCCAGUUGCAGUCCUUCCUCGCCUACCAACACCAGGAGCACCAUCCGGCGCAGAACUGGGACCAGGAGAGCUACCUGCCUUACCAGGACGCUGUGCCCGGUAUCAAUGGACAGGGUGACGGCGACGCACCCGCCUACGGAGGCGGCGCCUUGGCCGGGGUCGACGACGCCGACGUGCUUCGCGACGAGCAGGACGAAGUCGUGGCCCUGCUGGCUGAGAUUGACGAGCGCCACGAGAAGCACCUGGCCUUCGAGCGGGUGCUCCAGGAGCAGGAGCCCAACUUCUGGAGGCACAGGUGGCGGGCGCAGGCUCAGUUUCCGUCUCAGCACUUGCUGUUGCCGCAACAAGUCAUCCAUGCAGCCGGCCCAUCCGACUCGGUGGAAGUCUUCGUGGACGGCGGCGUCUGGCGUUCGGUCUCCGAUAAUGGCCUCUUCGACCGCAGCGAUCGCAGGCUCUGCCCACCUUUGCGGGUGAUACAACGGCGGGCGUCCUCCGUCUUCUUCCAACGGUUCCUUGCCGACGACAUAAUCAUUUCCAGGGCUGCCCGUACAACCGGCUUGCCAACGGCGCCUCCAUCGAGAGCUAAGAGUCCGAUCCACGACCCUGUCGUCGCUGUGGCGACUAGCGCUGCUCCGGAAAAGGACAGUCCCGAGCCGACAACCACCGCCGCUGAUGUGAGCGCUCCGAGUGAGGGCGAUAAGCAGAAUGGCCUCGAACAGAAGUUUGGCGAGGAAGCUGGCGGAAGCAAGGAGGGCAAGGCGAGUCCCUUCGUCGUUCCUCGCCUUCCGUACGUCCAGGCUAAGGAGGCUGCGUGCGCUCUGCCGGUGACGAGGAACCAGCCGCCGCAUGCGCAGAGGCAAGAGCCUGCGGAUGCGAUCCAUCAACAGCGUAAGGCCCCCAACGACUACAGGCGAUCCACGUACCCGCGACGCGAGUACCACAGCACGCGCCGGUACAGCGAGCACGACCACUCAACGCCGCCGCCUUCCUCCCUGGACAGGGCGCCGGUAGCCGGCAGGCAGUUCAAGACGAAUGACGGCGGCCGUUACCCGCCCAAUGGCCAGUGCCGAGAGGCCUCUAACAACCGACCACCAGAAAACCACAACCACCAUCACCACCACUUCAACGGCGGCGCUGUUUAUGCGAAGGGCCAGCAGCAGUCCGGCAGAGGCGGAUGCCACUCGGCGAACCGGAACCGGAACCGUCCCAGCAAUAACAAUAACAACCGGCAGUGCAACGGCGCCAACCAGUGGAACAAGGAAAGGGUGAGGCAGGACACCUGUCCGGACGUUGUCAAUCGCGGAGGAUUCGUCGGCCACGGCGGUUCGCUGCCUUACUGCUGCCGCAGCGUUGGUGGAGGAGGUUCCAGGGUUUCCAGCCCAGCGAACGCGUCGGCCGCAGCGACUCCACCACCGUCGCAUCGCGGACGUCGUUACAACAACAAGCAGGGUGCUGGCGGAGGAUGUGGACACCAGCAACAAGCUCAGCGCCAGUACUCGGCCGCGAGACCCGCUCCUCAACAGGUGUCUCCCACCUCCCGUGAUAUGCAGUCCGCCGGCGGUAGGUCUGCCGUGGACAACAACAAUGGCGCCAGACAUCAACCCAACAGGAAGACAAACGGGGAUGCCUCGUCUCGCAAGCCCCGGAGGCAGCAACCGCACCAGCAGCAGCGAGCCGACUACAACCAUCCGCGCUGCGCCAGUAGCAGAGCCGCCGAGCUGACGCCCGCCACGUCACCCGCACAGCUCUCGCGCUCGUCCUGCGAAAGUGCGCCCCCGGGAUGCGACAGCGGCGAUGCUGCCCCGGCAGACUGCGCCGAUGGCGACCUCUCGGGCGAUGGCUUGGACCGAGCUUCCUCCAUGUCUCUGAGAAUGUUCUGGGAGCGUACCAACCUUACCAUCUUUCGCCGACGAUCAUCGCAGUAAAAUAUCACCUUGCAUCAGCAGAACACAUCGAAGCCUCGAACAUUGCGGGGUCGUUCGUUUCGCCCGCCCCAGCUCGGCACGACAUGCUGAAACAUAACGAGCCACCCGGCAGGAUCCAUCGAAAACUUCCGAUUGUUGCCCCGCGUGCCCUAUCUUUUGCUGAAGCCGCGGCACUCCUAGCUUCGGAAAGAUGCUUUUGCCGCCCACAAGUGGCUCCGCUCCGCUGGCCUUGACGAAACGGACAGCCAAGAAGAGAGCGAACGCGAGGGUUUGCCGAACUGCAUAACUUGUACAUAUUUUUUUUUUUGCUUUUAUGUGGACUUGCUCCACCAACGUUGUGUGUGAAAGUGAUUUUAUUUUUCAUUAAAGCUUGUUUACUUAGC